UUGUUUGACUUUGAUGUUGAAGUCAAGCCAAUCCUGGAAGUGUUGAUUGGGAAAACAGUUGAGCAAGCUUUGCUGGAAGUCAUGGAGGAAGAAGAGCUGGCCCAGCUGUGGGCACAUCAGCGUGCCUAUGCAGAGCUGCGUAAUGCAGAGCUUGCUGAAGUACAGCGCCUGGAAGAGCAGGACAGGCGAUACAGAGAGGAGAAGGAACGUCGCAAACUCCAGCACAUGCAAAUGCUGCAGAAACAGAAAGAGACCACAGAGAAAAUUGCAGCUCGGGCAUUCGCUAAGCGUUACCUGGCUGAUCUCAUUCCCUCGGUCUUCAACAAUCUUCGUGAGAGUGGGUUUUUUUAUGACCCUAUAGAAAGAGAUAUUGAGACAGAAUUCCUUCCAUGGCUGAUGACAGAAGUGGAAGAAACACUAGAGAAGAAGGUUCUGGGGAGGACAAUGCUUGACUCCUUAAUUUGUACAGUGGUUGAAAAACGCUUAGAUGCAUUCAGCCAUAAACCUCUGACUGAUCUGACAGAGGCACCUGCUGAAGAGCCCAGGCCAACAGAUGCAGUGCCCCAGGUGGCCCAUGAGACAGACGCUGCUGACCGACCUGUCACAGAGAAAGAAGAGACUGAUCAACCUGUCGCUGAGGAACAGCCUUCACGUCGCAUCUCUUUCCAGUUAGAAGAAUCAGAUCGAGAAGGAACAGAGGAUUUGGAAACUGAGUAA